AUGGAUCCGUAUCGACCAACACCACCUUAUGCACCUUAUCGUCCACAGCAAUAUGUGCCUCCUGCUGGAGGGCCACCAAAUGUUCAAGGAUAUGGGCAGCCUCCUCGGCCUGCAUAUAUGCCAGGAGUACCAACACAACGUCCUAACUACAUGAAUCCUGCACAGAGACCCCCUUUUGGCGCCAUGCCAAUGAGUGGUGCACAACCAAUGUUAGGACAGGCAGAGGCGGAAAAAUUAACGACACUGUUCAUUGGAGGCAUAUCGCCUGGUGUGACUGAUGAUUGGAUGGAAAAAAUUCUCAAGACGUGCGGCAAUUUAAAGUCAUGGAAACGGGUGAAAGAUCAAGCAAAGCCCAAAGGAUUCGGUUUUGCUGAAUAUAUGGAUGCUGACAGUGUUCUACGUGCUUUGCGUGUGUUGGGCGGAGAAGGAUCAGGUGAUGAUAAAAAAGAUAAAGGUGUUAUUUUGCCUGCUUUGGAAGAAGGAGCUGUUGGGAAAAAAUUGAUUGUAAAGGUUGAUGACAACACACGAAAAUUUUUAGAUCAAUAUGAAGUAUCAAGACCCAGAACAGUGCAUGAUACAGAAUUGGAUAAAAAUGCACUUUUAGCGGUUAUAGAUGUAGUUGAAGAAAUGACAAAACCACCACCAGAGCAAAACACCUCACCUACAGCAUCUUCCCAUCCUGAUAAUAAAUCACUUGCUCCAUCGUCCCCUCGGCCUGAAAAUGUUGAGCGAGAUGAAGAAACUGAUUUACCAGCCGAUCUACCGCCUGAACAAAAAGACUUGAUAUAUAGAGAAAUAGCAUUUUUCAGAGAACGUGCGGCUCAACGAGAACGGGAACGUCAAAAAGAGGAGGAGGAACGGGCUAGUCGUAGAACAAGAGCCGAACAAGCUAGGCAGGAGCGUUCUCGUGCUAGUGAAACAAGAGAAAGAGAGAGAUCUUUUGGACAUUAUCAUCAAUCUGCUAAUUUUGCUCCUUCAAGGGAUGAAAGGCGUGAGUCUAUGCCAUAUGAUGAUGAAGAGGAGGAGCGGAGAAGACGAGCAAAAAGAGAAAAAGAAUUGGAGAUGGCUUUUAAAGAGGUAUUUCAAGCUCGAGAAGCGACUGUAGCUCGAGGUUAUGAACGUGAAGAUCAAAGAGAAAUAGAUCAGAGAGAAAAAGAAAUAAGGGACCGUGAAUUGGCAGCAAGAAAAUUUGCUGAAUGGGAUGAUGACCUUGAAGCCGAACGAGGUGUUGAGGAAUAUUAUAGAGAUCGAACUCGUUGGUGGCAUCAUCGUCAACAAUUUAGAGCACGAGAAUUGGCCCAGGACGAACAAGACAGGAUUCAUGAGGAGCAGGAAAUUGAAGCUGAAAAACGCCGACAAGAAUGGGAAAAGAUGCUAGAAGAAGAGAAAAAACAACGUACAGAGGCAGAAGCAUCAGAAUCAAAUGGCAAAACAGCUGCUAUUUUAACAACACAUCCGCCAUCGAAUGGUGAUGUACAAAUUGGUAAUAAUGGUAAAUCUAAAAAACUGACACUUAAUAUUUCAAAUAAGCGGCGAACUACAUUAAUCGCUCCCGCUGAGGAGGGGGAAGAUUCCGAUGACGAGGAAACAGAUGCCAAAAAGAAAAAGCGUGUCUUGGUUCCAUUGGAAUACAGUGAUGACGAUGACGAUGAAAAGAAAACAGAAGAUAGGAAGAGGAAAAUCACAGAUUUAGUGGCGACCAUUCCGACAGAUAAAGAAGGACUUUGGAAUUGGAAUGUCAAAUGGGAGGAAUUAGACGAGCAAAUUCUCAGUCAAAAAUUGCAGCCGUUUAUCAGUAAAAAAAUUGUCGGUUAUCUCGGUGUACAGGAAGAUGAACUUGUUUAUUUUGUAAUGGAUCAUUUACGAAAUAAAAAAUCUGCUAUAGAACUUACAAAAGAAAUGGAACAGACAUUGGAUGAAGAAUCAGAAUUAUUUGUGAUGAAAUUGUGGCGAAUGUUGAUAUAUGAAACUGAAAGCAAAGCAAGAAAAAUUCAGUGA